GCAUGCACUUGACAAAGAAAGCCCACAAAAAGAGAUAAAAUAGAAAGAAACGUGCCCCUUCUAAAAACACUAGUAAUUUCCAAGAAGGUCAUUACUUACAAUUUACACAUUAUAAGUACAACAAGAAGCACUAGAACACCUUUUGGUUACUCAACAAAAGCCAAAAAAAUCCCAUUAACUUAUAUUUGUAGCUAUGGCCACAAAUGCUAUUCCGGCACCGGCAGAUGACCGGAAUAUUAGCCGGAAAAUCGGACGGUCAUCGAGGACGAAGUGCCCGGCCCCCUUCUUGUCGAAAACUUAUGAUCUUUUAGAGGAGCAAGAAGAAGAUAAUACUUAUUAUAAGGAGCAAAGUAAGGUUGUUUCAUGGAAUGCUGAGGGAAGUGGAUUUGUUGUGUGGUGUCCAGCUGAGUUUUCUGAGCUUAUGUUACCUAAAUAUUUCAAGCACAACAAUUUCUCCAGUUUCAUCAGACAACUUAAUACCUAUGGAUUCAAGAAAGUAGCAUCAAAACGGUGGGAAUUUCAGCAUGAAAAGUUCCAAAAAGGGUGCAGGCAUUUAAUAGCAGAAAUAACAAGGAAGAAAUGUGAACCAAGUGCCUUCCCUACAUACUUAAAUCCUUGUGAAAAGAGAACAUUAUUAGCUAGAAAUGAAGAGAAUACAACAAGGCAGAUGCUUAUGGAAGAGAACCAAAACUUGAAAAAGGAAAGGAUGGAAUUGCAAAUGCAAAUUGCUCAUUUCAAAACAUUGGAAAUGAAGUUGCUGCAAUGCCUUUCUCAAUGUGUGGAAAAUCCACAUACUAAAACUAGAAAGUUGUUUUAGAGGCUCGGGAACUUUGUACGUCGAGCUGUUUUUUUUUUUUUUUUUUAAGUCAGACAUGUAUUAUUAAUUAUCUCCUACCCCAACAAUCCAAAAAAAUAAAGAAAAGAAAAGUCUGGAAAGGGAGAAAAUAAUUAAUUGACCCCCACCCCACCAAUAGGAGCUUUGUAUUUUAAUUUUUUAGUUGCGCGUAUAUAACCACUCUGACUCCAGCCCUCUGAGAAAAGAAAAAAGAAGAGAAGGGGAAAAGGGAGAAUAUAAUUAACCCCGCUCCCCCUCUCAAUCUCCUAAUAUAUUGUUAGUAACAAAAUUGGAAGUUGUCUCUUUCAAGUCUUGCCCAAAAUUUUGGGAGCUUGUCAUAGGAAAUAUAAUUAGUUGUUCUGGUCAUAACCGAUGAUUCUUUUCAACACUUUGAUUCUAGAAUUUUCAAUAGAUGAGCUUAACAUCUGAUAUAUGUUAAUCUAUGGCAAUUUAUUCCUUGUGAA